CAGAGUGCUAGGAUUACGGGUGUGAGCCACUGUGCCCGGCCCUAAGUCCUGUUCUACCUUCAGAUUUUCUAGGGGAAAAGAGAGCUGUACCAGAAUAGAGAUUUAUCAUUAUUAUUUACUUGGAAGGUGGGACGAAUACAAAGAAUAAGAUAAAAUUCUCAAGUCUCUUUACCACUGUGCUCCCGGAAAUCCUGCAUGGCAGGGCCUGUAGGGGCAGUUUCCAAUUCAUAAACAGUUCCUUGGAGUACCUGGAAGAAGAAAUGACACUGAAAUUGGUGAAAGUUAUAAUACAGAAUGGAGGCUCAAUUCCACAGCACAGUUUUUCAGGCACUCAUAUCUUGCUGUUGCACAAGGAUCUGGUAACAGUGGUCUGUAAUAGAAGAUUCCUUCCUGAUAAAAAGGUGAGCAUAAGAUAUCUUCCACAUCUACAAAAGGAAUUGUAAGUGAUGAUUAAAUCAAAUAUCAAGUCCUGAAUCGUUCCAAGGUUUGGAGGGGCUGGCAGGUUGGCUAAUUGAUGGUGCAUAUCGACUCUCAAAAAUAACAGGGGAAAAGACUGGUAUUCUAAAUGGAGCACUUAAGUUCAUAACUGAUGCCAAAUAGAAUGAGAACUUUGCCAAUUUGCCCAUAUCUUCCACCCCCGUAGUUCCCUUCAUUGACUUGCAGGAGAUGGGAGAGAACCUACCUGAGCACACUCUGAAAGUAGGUUGAAGUGGGGCUCUUUUGAAGAUGAGACCCAGAAAGUCCUUUAGGCUUUUCUUGGAACCUGUUUUUGGAGUCUAUCUCGGGGUGUGUGGAAACAGAGGCUAGUAGGAUGUUUAUAUCAUGGAGAGGAUACAGAGUGCCUUAAAGGGUGAGUGGUGGGAGGCUGGCGUUGGGGGAGUCGGGGUCAACUGCGUGAGUGUAAGGUUAAUACACUUGUACACAGGCCAACCACUGUGGGUAGCCUGCCUGGCUGGAGAAGCUAGACCAAGACGCGCCUGCCAGUUACCAUGGUAGCCCUCCUUCUUCCCAACCCCGCCCCCCUUUACUGGCCCAAGGUAAGGCCGGGAGCGGUUGCCUAGGGCGACUGGAAGGCUCCGCCCCUCGCUCCCAGCCGCGGCUCUCCCUCCACUGGACUGCCUUCCCGCCUGCCUGGCGGUGGGAGGGCGCGGCAGCUGUGGCGUCACAUCCGGGCGGGUGGGUGAGUUCCGGUAUUUCAGGGCGGAGCAGGCGGAAGCAGGGGUGAGGAGCGGCUGCAACGCCGAGCGGAGGAGGGAGGAACGGGAGCGCGAGCAGGAGCAGGGUAGGCACCAUGGCUGGGAUCACCACCAUCGAGGCGGUGAAGCGCAAGAUCCAGGUUCUGCAACAGCAGGCUGAUGAUGCAGAGGAGAGAGCCGAGCGCCUCCAGCGGGAAGUGGAGGGAGAAAGGCGGGCCCGGGAACAGGCUGAGGCUGAGGUGGCCUCCUUGAACCGUAGGAUCCAGCUGGUUGAAGAGGAGCUGGAUCGUGCUCAGGAGCGCCUGGCCACUGCCCUGCAAAAGCUGGAGGAAGCGGAAAAAGCUGCUGAUGAGAGUGAGAGAGGUAUGAAGGUGAUUGAAAACCGGGCCUUAAAAGAUGAAGAAAAGAUGGAACUCCAGGAAAUCCAACUCAAAGAAGCUAAACAUAUUGCAGAAGAGGCAGAUAGGAAGUAUGAAGAGGUGGCCCGUAAGUUGGUGAUUAUUGAAGGAGACUUGGAACGCACAGAGGAACGAGCUGAGCUGGCAGAGUCUAAGUGUUCUGAGCUGGAGGAGGAGCUGAAGAAUGUCACCAACAACCUCAAGUCUCUUGAGGCUCAGGCGGAGAAGUAUUCUCAAAAAGAAGACAAAUAUGAGGAAGAGAUAAAGAUUCUUACUGAUAAACUCAAGGAGGCAGAGACCCGUGCUGAGUUUGCUGAGAGAUCGGUAGCCAAGCUGGAAAAGACAAUUGAUGAUUUGGAAGAGCGUCUCUACAGCCAACUUGAGCGAAACCGCCUGCUUUCUAAUGAGCUGAAGCUAACGCUGCAUGAUCUGUGUGACUGAUGGGCAGGGCUCACUGAUGCCUAGUAAACUGAGCCUACUGCUCACACCACUGACCUGGACCCCAACAAAAACCUGAUUGUCUUUUUAAAAGUUGUUAUUUUGCCCUAAGCAAAUUGUUUUUUAAUUGGGCCAGUUAGAAUGUUGAUUUCCUAAUAGCAAUUUUACAAAUUACAAUUUUCCAACUGUAAAAUUGAAACAGUUAAUACUACAUUUCUAUCCCUUUAGAAGAGAUUUAUGGGUGAUGAAGGGAGGGGCCUGAGAUUAUAGUGAGAAAACUUGGGAGAAUUUUCUGUUUUCCACCUUAUUUUGCUGCUCUUUCACUUGUGCACUCACUGUAGGAUAUGUUCCCGUGCAUGGAUGUCUUCUAACAAUAAAAGGACUGACUUGACAAGAUGUUGUAACUGCUUGAUCUGCAAGCCCAGGGAUGGGCCUUUCUGACUGGGUGGCAAAAAGGGAAGGGAAAGAAAAGAGUGUGGGAUACGAAUAUGGGUCUGUGUUGCCAUCGCCUUCUCUGAGUUGAAGAUUUGAGUAUUUUCCUCACCGCCCUAGAGCAGUUAGUUAGAGUGGUUUGCUUGCUAGGCAGAUUAGAUUGUUCUUGGUGUUCAGCCUCUGGUUUUCUUCCUGACACUUUCCCUCUUGCUUCCUUUUCCUGGUUUUAUGUUUAAUUGCAAGUAAUUCUGUCACAGGCUAGUUCUAGACAAUAGAUCUGCAAAAAAUCUCAGUUAAGGUUUUGCUUAUAUAUAUGUUUCAGUCGUGUUCUUGGCUUUAUUUUCUUUAGAGGUUCUUUGACUUAGCUAAGAGGGCUUUUAUUUAUCCCACUAAUUAUUCCUUUCCCCUCUAACUUUUUGGAGAAAGCAUGUAGCAUGUGAGGAUCUUCUUGUGCUCUUUUCAAGUUGAGAUUCUGUUGUUUCUACUCUGCCUAUCCUUGUUUGCAAUGGUUAAAUUCCAGUGAGUCAUUUUAAGAAGGUAUUGUCCUGUAGGAAAAGCCUAGAAGAGUAGAUGGCUGAUGCUUAAGUCUUGCUCCUUCAGAGACAGAAAGCUGAAAGCCUUGGUUGGUGUGGGAGGAAAAGGAAAUGGUUGAUAAGGUCCUUAACUCCCUCCCCUGGAAAUAACAGCAACACCUGCCACUUCAGUAGGCAAGAUAGAGGCCCUACGAAACUGAGUGAUGUAAUAGCUACUUUUGUGGCUGAGAAGGCAGCUGCUUUAUUAGUCUGCAGCUUCCCUGCGACAGGAGCAAGUCUCAGAGUGAGCAGACCUGGAAACUUACUACUGGUUUUUGUAACUUCUCUCCUUUACCCC